UGUUGUGUACAGCUCAAGAUAUACAACAACAGACAGUAACAGCUGAAGAUGAUGUUACUUUACCAUGCACAUUUGCAACAGACUAUCCAACAUGGACUGGUCCAGAACUUCAUAAUGGAUAUACACAACAAUAUAACAAUCACGGUCAGAGUAGCUUCCCAAACCCAAAUGUUCCUGAACAGAAGAGGUUACGACUCGGUUGGGCCGAUGAUAAAAGUAGUUUGAUUAUACGUGAUGUGAUAUUCAGUGACCGGGGACUCUAUCAGUGUUCUCUUGUUAAAAUAAAUCUAUCUAUCAGAGUACCACCAAGAUCUCCAAUGAUAUCAAACACAGAGAUAUCAGCAGACGACACACUUAUUAUCAAAACAUCUGAGUCACAAGAAACAAGCCUAGUUUGUACAUCGUCUGGAGGUUAUCCUCAACCACUGGUUCAAUGGUACAGAGGAAACACCCCGGACGCAAACCCUUACCAUCUCGUCACAUCUCGAUUCACUCAUGAUGAUUUCAAGCUUGAAGAGACCAAUGAGGACACAAACUGGUCCACCUUUCCAGUCAUUGUCAGUUUAGAUGCUAAAAUUGCCAGCCGAUUAAAUAGAAAUAUAACUGUUGAAGUUGAAUAUUUUUCAAACAUAGCAGGAUCAGAUGUGAAACUGUACAAAAUUGUAAAUGAUGCAAUGAAAGCAGUGACUUUAUUGUCUGUGAAUCCAGUUGAAAUCAAAGUACCAGUCUUGUCACAUUUAAUCAAAGCAAAAGGAACAAGAGCUUAUUUUACUGUUCAGAUAAAAUCCGAGGAAGAUUAUGGAUUCUAUUAUGUCGUUGUAUCAAACAUUAUAGGAUCCAGUAACAAAUCGUUUGAAAUAAUACCGACAAAGCCGCCAGUUUCACCUAGUGAUUUUACAAUAGACUAUAUUCAGCAUAACAAGGCCCGUUUGUCGUGGAGGCGUGGAUACAAUGGAGGAUUGACACAAACAUUCGUCAUACAACUAGGAACAGAUGAAAAAUGGAAUGACGUAGAAGUGUUUGACAGAAAUACAGAAGACAGAGACCGUAUUUCCACAAUCUUGACAGAUCUUUUUGAUUCAACAACAUACUUUGUUCGACUAUAUGCAUAUAACGAGGAGGGAAAUAGCCCUUUGUCGGAAACUCUUUAUUUUACCACUUCUCCAAUCAAAGGUAACAAUUUUAAAUUGCCAUCGUUGUCAUCAACACCGACCUUUCAUGUCAACAUUUAA